AAAUGUAGCGCCAUACUGAGUGGAGCCGCGGAAAUGCGUCGGAAGCGUGCGCCCGCGAGCACGGGUGGCAUGUGCACUGCCCUCAUCGCACUCCUGCUACUCUUCGCUGCCGCCGUGUCCGCUGGCGCGGCGGGGCAGCGCCCCGGCCGGACGCGCACGCGGGGGCAGCGGGCGCGCGGCAAGGGGGGCUCGGCACGCGGCAGCUCAGGGCACGGCGGCCAGCCGCAGCAGCCGGGCGAACAGGUGCAAGUGCACGAGGCCAAGUUGUCGCGCUACGACUUCUUCGAACUUCAAGGGAUGAUGGAGGGGCUCAUGGAGGCGGCGCUGGGCCCGGAGGUGGUGUACUGGCGCACCCGCGGCGUCACGUGUGAGGAUGUGGCGGAUACAGUCGCCAGCCUACACAAUGUCGCGCCUGACACUGUGCGUGUGGUGCUCAUCCGCAACAACACCUGGCGCUUCCUCAUGCCUGCGCGGCGCCCCAGUGGCAUCACAAGAGCCGAGGGAGGAGGGGACGGCGCCUGGACGUCAACCGCCGCCAAUCUAGCUGCGGGGGACGCGGCGGGCGACAGUGUGGGCCGCUCGGGUGCAACUGACAGUAGCAGCGGCAGUAGCAGCAGGACUAGCAGCAGUAGCAGUAGCAGCCGGCAGGGCGCGGCGGUGGGGCGGCGGUAUCCGUGGCCGCGGCUGGUUCCUGAGCCCCUCGGUGAAUGCGCCUCGCCGUGUCACGGCCAGCUGCGGGCGCUGCACGCCGCCAUCUCGGGGCGGCUGCAUGCGCGGUGGGCCGCCAAGCGGUACGACCUGCCCGACAUGGUGCUGCUGCUCAACACGGCGGACAACAUGCAGCGCUACGGCCUACACUCGCGCGCACCCAUCCUGUCGCUCCAGAAGUGGUGGCGCGUGCCGUGGGGGGCCAAUAGCAGUACCAGGGGCAGUAGCAACGGCGGUAGCGCAGCUGGGAUCGCUGGUGGCCCUGCUGCUACAGCCGUCACGCUCGGACGCAUUGGCGGAGUAUUGCUACAGCCGCAACCGCUGCCGCGCAACGUCGCGGCAGCUGUAGCAGCGGCGGUGCGGGGCAGUGACAUGGAGGAGGCUGUGCUGCGCGGCUUUGGCAUCGCCGGCAGUAGCAGUGAUGGCAGUAGCAGUAAUAGCAGAACCACUGGUGCUGGGGGUGCGGCGGCGGCGACGGACGAUGACCCGCUAUGGACGAUGGUCCGGCGCUUUGUGGCCAGCCGCUCGCCUGAUCUGCCGCCGGGCGUGACGGCGCCGGACCGCCACGCCGCGCCGCCGCCGCCCGGCCCACCACCGCCGUCAUCUCCAUCACACCGCAACAACGGCAUUGAUAACGGCAAUGAUCUGUACGGCAGCAGUAACGGUACGGAACCGCCGCCGCCGCUACCCGAGUACGACAUGGACCUGCUGCUGCCCACCAUGGCCUUUUCCCCUCGCAGCCUGACGUUUGCACCCUGGCGGAAGAAGAAGGACGUGGCCUUCUUCAGCGGUGUGCCCUACUGCCCCGACUACCCCACCCCGCACGCCGCCUGCCCCCGCGUGCUGCUGGCGCACCUGUCCCAUCUCGCCCGCGCCCUCAACCGCACCAACGCACACCCUGCUCCUGGCCACGACCGCGGCCGCGCCGCCGCCGCCAGCAGCACCGCGGCCACCUCAACAGCCCCCCACCCCCACCCCCCACCCUCCGGACUCCCUCACUGGGGACCGCUGCACCCGCACCCCGCGGCUGCCGUGUCCGCCGCCGCUGGCUCACUAGACGUACGGUUGGUGCGGCCGUACACACACAAGCCCCUGGGCUCACGCAGCCCCUUCGAACUCAACGUCACACUGCCCGCGCACCCGCCCACGCCCAUCUCGGACCACGCGCGCUACCGCUGGCUGCUCAACGUGGACGGACUGGCUGGGUCGUCCCGCAUGGGGCUGCUCAUGACCACGGACUCGGCCAUCCUCAAGAGCAGGAGCCCCUUCAUCGAGUACUACAGCCGACUACAGACGCCCGGCUCGCACUACCUGGAUUUCUGGUCCAACGCCUCCGACCCCUACGACGUGCUGGCCGUGCUGGCGGCGGCGCGGGCGGCGGCGAAGGCGGACCCGGCAGCGGUGGCAGCGGCGGCGGCGGCCAACCAGGCCAUCGCGGCGAGGUACUUGUCCAUGCAGGCCAAGAUGCUGUACGCGCGCGCUGCGCUGCUGGCCUACCACUCGCUGGUGCCCGACAUGGGCGGCUGCGUGCGGGACCUGGUGAAGAGCCUGGAGGAGGAAGGCGAGCAGCAGCAGUGAACUGGAGGAGGAGGAGGGGGAGAAGGAGGAGGAGGGGGACGGGAGGGAACCGGGUAAUGGCAGCAGGCGGCAACAGCCACACUGGCAGGGAGAUGCUGGGGUAGACUGUAGCAGCUGUCCGGCUUGUACAACAUUGAGGCAUUGAGAUUGUGCAAGCUGAAAGGAUGUCAGACCGGUGACACUUGGUUCAGGACAUCCUUCUCCGUACAUUUGUUACUAAUGUCAUUUUGUUCCGGUAGAUCGUUAGUUCGAUGUGUACAAGUACCCUGCACUCACCAUCACCACCAUUCUGCACGGCGUUGCCAGCCUACUUCAGCUUCACGUGCCACCGACCGUCCUUCUCCUUGUAAAUGAAUACUUCCCAGUCCAACCCAGUCAGACACCUGAUCUCACAUAGGAAAUCCCUUGCGUCAUGAGAGGCGCCGUCGUUCCAAUUGGUGGGGGUAUGGUAGAUCUCGCAGACACCACCGUCUGCCAGAGCGUCAGCGAUGCACCGCUUUAAUAUCCGGAAGUGCGUCGUGUACCGUCCCUCGUUGGCGAGCAGUGUCGCGUACGCCCGCUGCAGCCGUGCCAUACGCGCCUCCUGCCUCGCCUCCGCCCGGGCCUGGUCCACAGCACCGCGCAGGUUGCAUAGCUCAGCAACCACCUCGUUGCGGAGGCUGCGCAGCUCAGCAACGAUUGCUUCGGAGUGUGUGGCGGACUGUGUCGCCGCCUCCGCCUCCGGCGGCUCCUCGGCCUUCUUGGCGAGGGAGGCAGCGCGGACUGCUGGCGCCCGCAGGGAAGGGCGAGAGCGCGGCGCGAAGGCGCAGAAGGCAGGCCGCGGCGCGACGGCGCGCUGCGGCCUGCGCACAGAGCUGGGCAUAAUUCGUGUAAUUGAGAGCAUUGUUUAAUUUGAUAUGUAGCGUGAAAGCGAUUGAUAUUACUGCAUGUAGCGCGGCCCGAAGUGGGCGUUCACGGCACGGUUCCUUAACACCUAGGGCUUGGGAUGUGAUGGGACAUGGCAAGGGAAGCAAGUGGCUGACAUAGUUGAGUCCCGAGAAACAGA